GGUAAAUUGUCAAAUCUGAAUUUGUAUAAUGCCGCUUAUUAUUAUAACUGGUAUACCUUGUAGUGGUAAAACAAAACGGUGUAACGAAUUAAAAGAAUAUUUUCAAAAUAAAGCGGGGAAAAAUGUAGACGUAAUUAAUGAGAUUGAUGUUGUGAUUAAAUCUGGCUAUGAUAAAAAUACAUUUUACGCUGAUUCUAAAAAAGAAAAAAGUGUAAGAAGCGAUAUAAAGUCUGCAACACAGCGAAUGCUAAAUGUAAACGAUGUAUUAAUAAUCGACGGUAGUAAUUAUAUUAAAGGAUAUCGUUACGAAAUUUACUGUAUGACAAAAUUAUACAAAACUCCUCAGUGUACAGUACAUUGUGAUAUACCAGUAGAACAUGCUUGGCUGUGGAAUGAAAGACGUCCAGAAUGUGAACAAUAUAAUAGAGAAAUUUUUGAUGCUCUUGUAAUGAGGUAUGAAACCCCAAAUAGUAAGGAUCGUUGGGAUUCACCAUUAUUUACAAUCUCUGCAGAAGAUGAAUUAAAGUUUGAUGAAAUUUAUGGAUCGCUAUAUAAAGUGAAAGCACCAAAACCCAAUCUAAGUACACAAUGUCCACCAUUAGCAUCUACAAAUUAUUUAUAUGAAUUGAAUUCAGUAACACAAGAAGUUGUCAAUGCAAUAUUGUCAGCCAAAAAGUUAGGUAUCGAAAACGAAAUUAAGAUACUUGACUAUAAUUUAACAGUGCAGAACUCAUGUACGGAGGGACAACUUAUGAGAUUACGAAGACAAUUUCUAACUUACAGUAAAAUGCAACAAAUUGAAGUUAAUCAAAUUGCAGCAUUAUUUGUACAGUAUCUUAAUAAAAGUUUAUAAGCACGAAA